UGGAUCAGAAAACGGAUAAUAUUAUACACUAGGGACAAAGCUUGAUACCUAUAAACAUAUGGUUGUGGCUUGCUUGAUGAGCGGUGACUGUAUGGAAACAAAGGGAGAUGGCUUUUGAGUGGGGAAGAUCCUAUGCUUUCACGUGUUUGUGUAACGGCAAUGUGCUAUCUCAUCGAAGCUGAUAGGUGAGAGGGAAACACAGUAGAUAUCGUACUAGUAGGACUACAUUCUCUUGAUGAUGCUUAGCCUAGUUGUUUCUCUGCUUGGUAUAAAAGAGGGCUACUGCGAAGGGAGUGGAUUCAGAACCCAUGUUGACCUUUGCUCUGUACCUAGGGAUGAAGGUUCGUGGGCCGCAGUGAAGGCACCCGUCUCGCUACAUAUCGACGACGACACCGGCUGGCUGAGUCGGCCUACUGUUUCACCGCUGUACCACAAUAGAAAGUGGGGAACAGCCAGGUUUGGUGUUUUCAGUGGCGUUGCCUCAUGUUGUGCUCCAGUCUCGUCGGACAGCUCUGCCCUUUACCUAAAGGCAAGUCAGGUUGGACAAGACGCAAGCACAGACAUGGCCGAAAUGAGCGUAACGGAGGGUAUCAGCGAUGGAUAGU